CUUAGUUACGGGCAUUUUAGUUUUGUGGGUACCCGGGUACCCACGUCGGCCUGUUACGUAGUAAAAAAACUCAGGAGCCCCUCCUCACUCCCACCCUUGCUAUAUCAACAAUAUUAUUAACCCAAAAGCUUGACUUAGUGAUGUUCUAAGAUGUCACAAAGUUUCAAUUUCCAGCUAUGGAUAAAACAUAGGAAUUUAAUUAAUUGAAACUUAAAAAGGUACCCGGGUACCGCGUCGGACACACAACGGAUAAUGAUUUCUUUUCCUGUAUAUAGUUAUCAUUUGAUGUAUAAUAAUAAAAUGUAAUAUAUGCAUUUAAAGCUUUUAAUGAAUAUAAACAACGCACACAUUCUCGUGAUUCAUGAUUGAGAAAGGCACAAUUGCACCGCUAGGUGGAUUAAAAUAGGUUUUUUUGUUUCAGUACAAUAUAUAACCCCUUUAGGAAAAUUCAGUUCUCCCACCACAAUAUAGAUAUUUUAUUAACAGAGCAUUAACAAUAAUUCGUUGGUAUGUCUAUUUUAUGGGCCAUUUUUUCGCUUUCCCAUUGAUUUGGUUUGAGAUUUCUAGCACUGAUGUUGUCCUAUGCUGAUUUGAGCGAUUCUCUGAGUCCUGCCACUAUCCCAUGUAGUAUGUGUUAUCAAAAACAUCGCGAAGCAUCAAGUUCUAAAUGCUCUCAAACGAUAUAAUAGCCGAAGAGUGAUAAGAGUUAUAAGAAAUGUCUCAUCACACUGUUAGGUGGAUUAAACACGUUUUCAUUUAUAAAAUUGUUUUCGAUUCUUGUAUAUUUAUAGUUUCGAUAAUGCAUUCGCUAUAUUUGUAUGCGUAAUUAAGGAAAGUUACAAUAAUGGCAAAAUAUAACUAGAAUGCUUGGUCUAUACAUGAAAUGUGAUUAUUUUGCCUAAAAUUUGAUUUUUCUUCACUGGUCCGGGUUUUUACCUCACACAAUCGAAAAGUUUUUACAAGCUAAUCUUAUGCUAUAAAGCUUUAAUUCCAGAUAUUAGUUCGGUCACAGUUUUCUGUUUUCUUUCUUCAGAUCUUCUUAAAUAAGUUUAAUCGGAUUCGAUCACCUACUACAAAUGAAAUGACCUGAAAACCAAGAAGGUUUGUUUCAAUAUGUAAUAUUCGAUGUUGAUUGGUUGUGAUUAAACCAUACUAUAGUCCUACGUCUACAACUCGUUCAACCCCAUAGGGCUGCUCCUUGUAGUUUUCAUGCAUCAAGGUCGUUUCUUCAAACAGAAAUUUUGGUUACCAAUGGGAUCUCCCUUAUCGCCAGUUGUAGCAAACAUAGUGUGGGAGAGGGUUGAGAGAAGUGCGCUGGAACAGUUGCAUCAAGAAGGCAUUGUACCAAUUUUCUUCAGGCGGUACGUUGACGACUGUUUAUCGAGUGUGCGAAGAGAACAAAUGGAGCGCAUGCUGGAGGUGUUUAACAGUUUCCACCCACGACUGCAGUUCACCAUAGAACUUGAGGAGGAUGGUCAAAUACGGUUUUUGGAUACAAUAGUGCGUAGGGAGGAGGACCAUCUUACCACGGAAUGGACUCCGAAGGAUUCAGAAGGCAGAUAUUUAGACUAUAAUUCCUCGAGUCCAUUUAACCAUAAGAAAAAUUCAGCGAUAGCAUUAGUUGAUAGGGCAUUGAAACUAAGUGAAGUAUAUUAUCGUUCAAAUGCACUAGAAGUUGUGAAACAAAUACUCACUAAUAAUAAUUACCCAGGUUCAUUCUGCAACAAGAUUAUUAAAGAACGAGCACACAAAUUGUACAAUACUCUUGAACCUAAAAACACUGAUGUGACAAUGAAAUUUGUUUCUGCACCUUAUAUACCGGGUCUGGGAGAAAAAAUAGCCCGGUAUUUAUCACAGCAUAACAUAAAACUAGCUUUUAAAACCAUUGACAAAAUUAAAGACACAGUACACAGUAAGCUUAAGGUCAGAAUAGAAAAAGACCGUCGAACUAAUGUUGUUUACGAAAUACCAUGCGGUGUCUGUACAGAUAAGAAAUACAUUGGACAAACAAGUCAAUUUUUAAAAAAGCGUUUGGAACAACAUAAGAAUGAUAUAAAAAAUAAAAGCGUAGGAAGUACGGGGCUAGCACACCAUACAAUCAAUGAAGGCCACCUUUUUGAUUUUAAAAAUGCUAAAAUAUUGGACGAGGUGCCUAGGACCGAUACCCGGUUGAUAGUGGAAAUGUUCCAAAUAAAAAUAAAAGGAGAGUCGAACACGUUCAAUCUACAACGGGAUUCUAUUAAGUUUAGGUCUGCAUACAACGGCUUAAUAGAGAAGCUGAAGAGCACCGUGCGUCCGAAGAAAGUACCAACGGAGAUUUAGUGUACAAGACAAGACAGCAGUUGAUAAUGUGAUUGUUCAUUGUGUAGACGUUGUUAGCAUGUAAGUGAUGUUGUUUAAAUAUGUGUUUAGUGUUAGAUUUUAACAAAUAUUAUAUUAUAGUAAGCCGCUGAGGAUGACUGAACAUGUUAGUAGGUCGAAACGCCCGGUAAAAUGCAGCUUGUUUUAAUUUUCACCGGAAAAAUAUCGAUGACCGUCCAUACCAAAAGAACAGCCAUUAGGCGAAAAGUGCUUGUCAACUUCGUCCGGUUCCGCUUUGAGUUCAGCGCAGCAGCCCAGGCCGGUACGCCAUAUUUCAUGAUUGAGGAUGAGACAUUCGCCAGGAGAGGUCUCGUGCUGCCU